AUGGUAGAAAUCGACGGUGAAGUAAUUACUGCUUGUAAAGAACAUUUACCACAAAUUGCAGCUGCUUUCGAUAAUCCAAAAUUGGAAUUGAUUGUUGAUGACGGAAUUGCAUUCAUCAAAAACGCGAAACCAGAAUCGUACGAUUUAAUCAUUGUUGAUGGUUCAGAUCCUGUUGGCCCAGCUGAAGGUUUAUUCUCUGUUGAAUUCUACACAAACUGUUACAAUGCUCUAUCAAAAGACGGAAUUCUUGUUGCGCAA